ACACGGCACUUCCGGCCGUGGUGAGCCAACUCCCCGGGUCGGCUUUAUCAGGUUACAGGUGUUGUAAUCGGAAAUAUUCCGCGGAGGUGGGAACAAGUCCGGGCAAAUUAAAGUUUCGCCGCAGAUUCCGAACCUCGGCAAAGGUGUUCGGGGAGAAAGGGAGCAAAGUUUACGUUGAGCGGUUUCCUGUAGAGGAAACCCAGCUAUGAGGAAUUUUGUACGACUUGCAUCAGCUUUCCCAAGGGAGAUUUGAAUAUACUGCGUAUCGUUGUGAUAAUUACUGGAAUCCCUUGUGCCAGUACCACACCUGGACAAGAUUUGCGUGGAUCAGCUCACAUUCGGCCAGACCAGGCCAGAGCUCUUGAGGUGGCCUACAACUUUGGACUGCUGGGAUCUGUGAUGUUCAGGACCGGCUGAGCCAAGUGUUACUAACACCGAGGGGCCGCGCGACAGGAGUUGUCCGCAACAGCGAUGGAACAGUUGCAACGUCUUCUAGUUCUUGCUCUGCUGGGUGUAGCAACAUUUGGCAAGAGCUUUGCAGCAAACACCACGACUUCAAAUGCCACAACACCAGUGAAAUCUGAAACACCGAUCGCUGCCAUCGUGGCUCCUUGUGUGAUCGGGGGUGUUCUGCUCAUUGCGAUCAUCCUUACUGUAGUUAUCAUAAAGGUGAAGGGGAAGCGCAGGGAAGAGGGUACAUACAACCCAAGCCAACAGGAGCAGAUUGGAGCACGGACACAGAUCAACCAUGGGCUGAAGCUGCCACCCGAGGAGCGACUCAUCUAGCCAAGCCCUCGCCGCAGAAGAUAUCACGAGAACUGUUGUUGAGAUCAUUGGAGUGAAAGUCUAGCAACGUUACUUGUUUCUUUUGGGAAUGCCAUUAAUUACAAGACAGAUUCGAUGACCUUUCUCCUUUUUAUACAUUGCUCUUUUGUGGGUCAGCGGGAUCUGAUCAGUUGUUGCCAUUUCUGCUUGACCCUAAUACCUUUUGGUUGUGACUGGAAUGAUGCAGUUCCCCUACCCUGCAGCUCUUGGUGUCCCAACUACAAGUGACAACUUGUGGACUGUUGUGUGUGGGUGCUGUGAUAACGAGAGGUGAGGGUUAUGAUCGAUUUGUGGGGGGGGGGGGCGGGAAUGGUUGAAAGCGUUUCCAAAAUAUCUUUGGACGAGGGGGCUAGGCUGCAUUGUAUCUGGGUCUGUGUAGUAUACCAUGAAUUAGAAAUAGACCUAGAACCAAUGGAGCAUCUUCCCUACAGCAGAAACAGCAGUGCAGUGAAUUGAGAGUUGGCACUCGGCAGCCAGAAGUAACAUUUGUUAGUCUCACUAAUAUUAAUUUCAUCCAUUAAUCUAUUUCUUCCCAUACGAGGCACUCUUCAUAUUGUUAAGUUGUGUCAAGGAGCUAAUUCUUCCUGGUAGAAAGUUGUAGAUCUCAGUUACAUUGGUCAUUUCACAAAGGACCACCUUUUCCUCGAUGCCCAUGUAAUUUUAAUUUUUUUUUGAAGGACCCUAGUACUGGAAACUGCUGGAUUCUCUGGUUUGGCCCAUUGUGUUUUGGUAGGUUCAGUAUUAAUGUAGUGUAAUUAACUUCAGGAUGCACCAGCUCUUGAGCGGUGCUGGCUUCACUCAUACCUUGCUGCACAGAUUUGCUGCUCUGCGGACACUAAUAGGCUUUUUAAUCAAGUGCAUCCUCUAAGGUGAAGAUUGUUGUACACUUGACGUCCAUUGGUGAGUGAAGAAGGAAUAUAAGCAAAGAAUUUGGAGAUCAAUGGGCAUUGCACAUAUUUAUCUAGUGCUUUCAUGGGAAAUUUAUAAACACAUUUUCCUAUUGCUGACUUUGAUGCAGCUACCUUGCAUUAAACAAAUAUUUUAUAUAUUGAAAGGGAACUAAACUAAAUUCCACAAAGGCAACAGCAGAACAAUUUCUCUCGAUCACAGCUUCCAGUAACAUGUAAAGUGAAAUGCAAAGUUAAAUCUCCUCUUGGUAGGAAGCUAAUUGCUGUUACGUAGACACUGAAUUAGGUUCUAUCAGGGCCAAAGGAUGUUUAGCCAACACACGCAGCAAUCACACUGAGAUUAAGACAUUCUUGUAAUAGUAUUUUGACUUCUCAUUUUUUCUAUAAAAAUCAGAAACUACAUAAUCUGUAUUGUCAUUACUAGUGUGCACUUUAUCUAGAAAAUCACUUAUUGUCUUUGACUUUUUCUCUAUGAUUGAUUGUUUAAAUGAAUAAUAGAACUGUGUUCUGUAAACAUGGUCAUUAACCUUCUCAGCAGGGAUUGUGUCUAGGACAAAUUUACAGCAACUUGAUUAGAGCAUUGAAUAUUUAACUCAAUGUCAUGAAUUCAACUGAAGUGUUGACCAUUAACGGGCCAAAAUCUAGGUCUAGUUAUCUUGAUGCACUAAGUUAGCUUCACCUGAAUAAUUGAUGUGUGUGCUAUAAAAUAGGAUGUCAGUUAAUUUUGUGGAUUGUGAUACAAAAGAUGGAAGUUAUGUGCUAACAAUUACUAUGGUUUUAAAAACUCUACUCCUGAAGUGGAGCAGAAUGUGUGGCUGAACACAUAAAAUUGGUGCUUGCUUUGGAUGCUGGGGAACUUAAAACCAGGUUAAAUAUCCACAAGGCCACCACAUAAUUGAUCCUAGAUGCAUUUGAAUCAAAGAGCUAAGCUGCUGGAUACCUGAAACAGAAGGAAACGUUGGCGGGAGCGGUCAGGUUCAGCAUCGGCAGCAGGAAGAGAACCAUUCACAAUUCGGGUUAAGACAACUGAAUAGUCCUCCCCAAUUGUGCUGUUGUAUCUUUUUAUAUGUAGGCAAAAUCUUGGGGAAUUUUAAGCCUCUGAAAGUAAUUAAUGUUUUGAUGGAUUGAUUAGUCAGGACAUGAAGGGAUAUGGAGAAAAGGUAGGAUCAGCCAUGACAAAAUGGUGGAGCAGACUUGAUGGGCCAAAUGGCCUAACUCUGUCCCUAUAUCUUAUUUUCUUAUUUACUAAUUGAUCUUGAAUUUGCACUCCUUUGUAUCUCUGUGUAUUUAACUUCCAAUUUAAAGAGGCAGUCAAAUAAUCUUUAUUCUGAGAAGGCAAGUUUAUUUCAUCGUCUGCAUUGACAAAUGAGGUUCUUGUCAAUUCAUACCAUUUUCCAGACACUUAAUCCAUAAUCUUAUACCAUAUCUGGUCUUCAGAAUACUGAGUCACUACAUUUAAGUCUUCCUCAUCAUUUCCCAUCAGAGAUUUCAGUGCCGCGGAGUCUAGAAUAAAUGUACUGUCUCAUUUGGAAUGUCUUUGAUACAGGUACAGAACUAUAUGGCACAGAAUUAACUAGUUCAGAAACCAGUGAAAGUCCAGGCUUACUCCUUUAACUGGGGCUGCAUGCUUUGGUAAUACUGCACUUGGAUUGAGUUGGGGAGAUUUUGGAGGACUGAGGUAGGUUUUCCAUGGAGGA